AUGGCGGCGACGCGAUGCUACAUCCAUGAAGUGAUAGGUGGGGCGAUUCAGGUGCUUCAACCUGAGGAGGAGACCAUCCGCCUGAUGUUUCGAAAACGAGGUGGCUUGCAUCCCAUAUGUGCGGCGGCAGUGCUGGCUGUGGAAGUGACCGGAACAGACAAGGGAAGACCGAUUACUCUCAGCCUCUCGAAGAACCGAGACCGAAACAACAGCUCUACCUACUCGAUCCAAGUCUCCUCCAUCGAAGACUCGAAGGCUCUCGCUCUUCUCUCACUCCUCUACUCCAUCGAAGAUCGGAAGCUGUGGCUCUUCUCUCACUCCUCUCUGCCCUCCUCGAAGAUUCGAAGGCUCUCACUCCUCUCUGCCCUCCAUCGAGGAAUCGAUUCUUCAACUCGUUUCUUCAACUCGAUUCUUCAAGCCUCCCACUCCGAAUCGAUGGGAAAACUGGGAAAUAAGAAAGCUCAAGGACAGAAAGAAGGAGAUUCUAGUCUAGUUGUUUCUUCAACUGGUACCUCUCCCUCAAUCCCUGACAGAGCUGAAGAAGAUGUCACGGAUGGAGGAGCUCCAGCUUCCGCAUCUGACAAGGUUAGUAACAAUCCUCGAGCUGAUAGAAAACGUAGUUGGGUGUGGGAGCACUUUAAGGAAUAUAAAGAUGUAAAAGUCACUAAAGUAAAGGGUCAAGAAGAUAUUGUAGAAGAAUUUAGGAGGGCUAAGUGUAUAUAUUGUCCUAAGGGUCCUCUAGGAGACUAUGCUUGUGAUCCUUACAAAAAUGGGACUCAAGGGAUGAUUAGGCACAUAAACAAAUCAUGUAAGUAUUAUCCCGGAAGGAGAGCGAUAGAUAAAAAUCAGAAAGUGCUUGCUGGUGAUAAAAGUAAGGGUAAUUCUAUGAAAAUGGUUGCAUUUAAUCCUCUUGAAGUUAUGAAAGCAUGUGUUGAAAUGGUUGUAGUUGAUGAGCUUCCUUUUAGCUUCGUUGAAAAGCAAGGGUUUAGGCAUUUUUGUCAUGUUGCAGUGCCAAUGUUUAAGGUCCCUUGUAGGAAAACUUUGGUUAAAAAUUUUCUUACAUUGUAUGAUAACACAAAGAAGAAGUUGAAAACUGAUUUAGCACACUAUAGGGUCUGCCUAACCACUGACACUUGGACAAGUGUUCAAAAUUUCAACUACAUGGUGCUAACAGCCCACUUUAUUGAUGAUAAGUGGGAAAUGCAUAAGAGGAUAAUCAAUUUUUGCACUAUUUGUAAUCAUAGUGGGAAUUCCAUAGGUCUUUUGAUUGAGUCAUGUUUGCUUCAGUGGGGGAUUAGCAAGGUUUUAACCAUCACAGUAGAUAAUGCAGCAGCCAAUAAGUGUGCUAUUGAGUUUGUUAGGUCCAAACUUAACAAAAGAGAAAAACCAGAAUCAAUCUUAGAGGGUAAGUACAUGCAUGUUAGGUGUACUGCCCAUAUUUGUAAUUUGAUUGUUGGUAGUGGGUUGAAGAGACUAAAUAGAUCAGUGUUGGCCAUUAGAAAUGCGGUGAAGUUUGUUAGGUCUUCACCAGCAAGGUUAGAUAGUUUUAAGGCAUGUGUAGAACUGGAACAGAUCCCUUGCAGAGGAUUGGUUGUUAUGGAUGUUCCCACGAGGUGGAAUUCAACAUUCUUAAUGUUGGAAGCUGCCUUGAAGUUCAAAGCAGCCUUUGCAAGGAUGGAGGAGCAACCGGACAGCGGCUUUUCAGCCUAUUUCAAAGAGCCUGAGGAAGAGUAUGAUGAGGAUGGAAAUAUGGUUCCAAGUAAAAGCAAGAGGCCUAGAGUGGGGCCUCCAUCCGAGGAUGAAUGGGAUAAGGCGGAAGUGUUUGUGCAGUUUCUUAGGGUAUUCUAUGAAGUAACUCUAAGAGUUAGUGCAAGUAAUAGGCCCACAAUCCAUACCACUUUUCAUGAUGUGUUGUCAAUCGAAUCGGAGAUUAGCAAGCUCUUCAUAGAACCUGAAAUUGCAACAGGUUUGGACACCCAGAAGGUUUUGAGUGAUAUGGCAGAAAAUAUGAGGUCCAAAUUCAUCAAGUAUUAUGGUGGCUUUCGGGAAUUGAAUCCCUUGGUGUUUAUGGGGCUGAUCCUUGAUCCUAGAUUCAAGCUAAGGCAUGUAACUCAUCUUUUGACAAAUGAAGGGUUUGCAUUGGCAGAUGUGCAGGCUAAAACGAAGGAGUUACGUGAUGUGUUGAUGUCCUUGUAUGAAGAGUAUGCACCAAAGGAGGCCCCUCCAAAGAAGAGAGGUCAAAUAGAGGUUGAAAGCUCAUCUUCACAAAGCACUGUAACAAGCACCGGCAGCAGAGGAAGACAAUCUUACAUCAAUGAUUGGAGGAAAGUAGUUUCUGAGCUUGAUGAGGCUGUGGUUUCACAUGAAGUAGACAAAUACUUGUUGGACCCUCUUGAAUUCACAAAUGAGAAGGAAGGGUUUGAGUUCCCGAUUUUGUUAUGGUGGAAGAUCAAUGGAGCCAAGUACCCUAUACUUCAAGCAAUAGCCAAAGAUGUGUUGGCUGUUCAAGUUUCGACAGUUGCAUCGGAGUCCUCUUUUAGCACCGGAGGGAGAGUAAUCGACAACUUUAGGAGUUCAUUGACUCCUAAAUCUGUCGAAGCAUUGAUUUGUCUACAAAGUUGGUUGAGGGGGAAUGAUAUUAGCUGCAUAGAAGAUGAACCAUGCAUCAAAGAUUAUGAGUUCUAUGAAAAGUGUGAGAAAGAUCAUGUAACCUCAGCCUCUUCAACCUCUUGUCCUCCUCCAAAAGCUAAGGGAAAGAAUGGUAUUGGAACUGAUGAUGAAGUUGUUCAACUCAGUGAAGAUGACUCCGAGGGUGAAAUGGUGUCUGAUGAUUCAGAAAACAGUUGAUGCCUAUUGCCUUGAUGUGAUCAGUUUCUGACUUUCUGGUUUAUGCCGCAAGGAUGGACUCUUUCAGUUUUCAUUUUUCAACUUGAUUGUUUCAUACUUUCAUAUUUUCAUGAACUUAUUUCAAUUGCUAGUUUGCUACUGUGGUUUAAUUGGUUUUUGAACAUUUCCAUGUAAUAUUAAGCUGAUAGGCUUAGAACAUGUAAUAUUAAGUUGAACUUGCUACUGUGGUUUAACUUGUAGUUCCAAGUUCUGCUUUGAUUUGCAUUUUGGACAGAAAUGUGCAUGAAGUUCAUUGGAGAACUAAUUAGAGAUGUUUGAAAA